GUUGAGGGAGACGGCCAUUUUGUUGUGGGAAGUGGAGCGCGGGGAGAACGCGCCGCCGCCGCCUCCGUCCUCCUCCUCCGCCUCUUCAUCCUUUCUCAGCGUCAACAAGAAAACCACUCGUAUUGUCGCUACUGCAAGCGCCGUUACUACCAAGGGGUGAAAAGGGCGAAUGACAUGGAGGUUCUUCACAUGCUCCUGCGAAUCAUGAAGAGGACGAUAACGAAAACUUGAAACAUUUAAGAAGCUCGUGUGGGGUACACUGCUGCUAUGGCUAUGCGCCCUUGAGUUGUGCUGACACUUGCACGCGCUCUGCCAGGAGUGGUGGGUCUACGUUUCAGCCUCUCGUGGGAGGAUGUGAAAGUGGCAAUGGCGAAGAACAAAGAGUCCCGCACGUUCAACAUCAGUGUCGUAGGGCUUUCAGGAACUGAGAAGGAAAAGGGGGCCACAGGUAUUGGGAAGUCCUGCUUGUGCAAUAGAUUUGUUCGUCCAAGGGCCGACGAUUACUUUGAGGUACAUACGUCUUUAAUCAGUCAGAGUGAUUUUGGUGGGCGCGUUGUAAAUAACGACCAGUUCCUCUACUGGGGAGAGGUCCGAAGAAUUGAUGAAGGCUGCGAGUAUAUCUUUCGGGUAGUUGAACAAACUGAAUUCAUCGACGAUGCCACAUUUCAGCCUCAUCGCAGUACCAAUUUGCAACCGUACAGCAAGAGAUCUGUAGCAAUAAAGCUUAGUUCGGCUGAGAAACUAAUGUACAUAUGCACAGACCAGCUUGGAAUUGAGCAAGAUUUCGAACAAAAACAAAUGCCUGAUGGAAAGCUUGCAGUGGAUGGAUUUCUCCUGUGCUGCGAUGUUACUCUUGUACAGAACAGGCCUCUGGAUGAUCAGCUGGAGUUCAUAAGUAACUUGUACAAACAGCUAUCUAAGACGAAAAAACCAGUGGUUCUGGUCGCCACAAAGUGUGACGUCAUGGUGGAGCAGUUCCUGCGGGAGUUGCAGGCAUACUUAUCCAAGGCCAAGAUCAACACUCCGGUGAUAGAAACAUCCGCACAUGAAAAUGUUAAUGUGGAGCUGGCAUUCAUUGCUUUGGCCCAAAUGAUUGACAAAUCUCGAGGAAAGCCUAAGAUAAUUCCUUUCGCAGAGGCUUCACGGCAGCAACGAGAUAUCCUGGAUGUCGUCACUGACAAGUACACUAAGCUCCUUACGCGUGCAGUGAAGGAUUUUCAUGCAGAGUGGCAUACAGAGUCCAAUAAAAUAAAGGACAGCAAAGAUUACCAGGACUUUGUCUAUCUACGGGGUGAGAAGCAGGCAAGGGAGCUGUUCAGAAGGCACUUAAGGAAACUGAAGGAUGAUUUUGUAUGUCGGAAAAAGCUGGAUUAUCUCACUUCUCUUCUCAAGGCAUUGGAAAUUAUUUUGCCAGAUUUAGAUGAAAUUGAACACAUGAGCUGGGAACACAUCCAGGAGCUCCUGUUCCACAAGCAAGACUUUGAUUCUUUCUUUAUUGUCCUUCAGGAAGAAGCCUGGCAGGAUAGUGAUCACAUUGAAAAUCCCAAUGAUCAAAGAAUUCCAUUUGAUUUUCUCCAGUUGAGCGAUGCAGAACUCGUCUCGCAAGAGCACUUGAAGAGGCUGAAGAUCCUGAGGUGGAAAGCUGACAUGAAAGUGAGGUUCAAAAAGGCACUGGAGUGGAAUAACCAAGUGACACCUGGGAAAGCCUGGGAAGAUGUCCACAUUUUUCUCUUGGAUGAAGAAUCCUUCCAGCAGCUUUCAGAUCAGGAAAAGUUGGAGAUCUAUAGUCGCCACCAACAGGACAUCAUUGAGAAGGCAAAGGAAGAGUUUCAAGAAAUGCUUUUGGAGUACUCUGAUCUGUUUGUGGAUCUAGACCUAAAUGCGACGCCAAGUAAAGAAAAGAUGACAGAGAUCAACCGAGAGCUGAAAGACGAACCGAGAUUCAAGGCACUGCAACGUCUGGAAGCUGAGAGACAGGCCUUGCUGCUGAAACACAUUGGUUUUAUUUACCACCCGACCAUUGAUACUUGUCUGAGCGGCCAGAACUGCAUGGACAUUCAGAUUCAGCAAAAUUUGGCCAACCGUGCAUCCCAGUGUACCAAUCGCUCCAGGUCCACGUAUAUGUCUGACAGUGUUAACACAGACAAACUGAACAUAGUUUUGUUGGGUUGCGAUGGUCUUGCUCAUGAAUUGGCAAAUGAAAUCAUGGCACAGUCAACAGACAAUGAGUAUGCUUUGGAUGGAAAAAUGUACGAGCUUGAAUUGAGACCUAUCGAAGAGAAUGCAAGGCUCUCGGCCAACCCUUUUCAGACAUCUAGCUCGAAACCUCACGGAUGCUUCUGUGUCUUUAAUUCAAUCGAAACACUCCAAUACAUUGAAGAAAACCUUGACAGCUCUACAGGCUUUCACUACAGUGACAGGAGAGACAAGACGUCCUAUUUGCCCAUCGCUUUGAUAUUGGCACAUGAAAAGAAGUAUUCCAGCAUGGUAUUGGCAACACUGAGGCUGCAAGGUAAACACAUAGCUAAUAAAAUGCAGUGUCAUUUCGUCGAUGUUCCGUCAGACACAUACCCAUAUCGCAAAUUUCACGAGUUGCAAAUAAAGCAAGCACUGCGUGAAUUGCUCGAGGCAAAAAAAUGUAGGCCCUCAGUCGUCAGCCCAGCACCAUCCCUGAAAGAGUUGCCAGAAGUUGAUUUGCGAAUAAUGAUGUGUGUAAUGUGCGGUGAUUCAUUCAGCGUAGACUUGGUCUUGACACCAUUUUUGGAAUCUCAAUUCUGUACAAUUGGGAAAAUUGGGCACAGCUGCACACUGGUUCUGGAAGUAUUUUUGGGCUCGCACAAGCGACGGGUGGAGAUCGCACCAAUCUCGUACCACUCUGCAAUGAUGCGAAGGGAUGAAAUGGUGCAUGGCUACAUCCUUGUGUACUCUGCAAAGAGGAAGGCAUCCAUAGCAAUGCUGCGUGCUUUUCUGUCUGGCGUUCCUGAUGUUUUGCCAAUACACAUCCUUGCUGUGACUGAUACUGAUUGUGAUUUCUUCACUGAUGAAAUCAGCAAAGACCUGCUGAUGGAGGGCGAGCAGAUCGCCAGUGACAUCGGUGCAAAAUUCAAGACCACAUCACGGUUCUACAAGCAGACGGAAAUGUUCACUGCCUACUUCCGCGAAGUGUAUGAGCAGAAGCUGCAUAUCGAAGAGUCUAUGUCCCUGUGGGAGACAGGUGAUGAAUCUUUGCCACAGUCUGCUGGAGUAGAACUUCAAGGAUUCAAUUCUAACAGCCAGGCACCUGAUGACAGUGAGCCACCUCCACCGUACAGCCCAGCAAACAAUGAAAAACAGCCAUUCCCUCUGAACAUGAGCGAUAUGUUUCAGUUUUCAGCUGCUGAAAAAGAAUUUAGCGGUGGAAUCGCAACCGUACCACCUUACGGCUCUCCACUGUGCAGUCACGAUUACCUGACGGAUCGAAGCUACAAAAUAGGCCCUCCAGUCUUGCCAAAGCCUGUCCUUCCCCCCAGACCAGAUCCAGAGCUUUUGAAAAGAAUGGAGACGUUGCGAUUUGGAGGAGAAUCGAUCAGGAAGUCAAUGCGACAAACGCCAAGUGAAAGUGACCCAGGUGACUACGCUGAUCCCCUGGAUGCCAUCAGCAGGUUCAGAAAUCUGGAAGAAAACAUCUACUCGGUUCCCCAAGACAGCAAACAAGGGAAAAUAAUUAGGAUCAGAGGGCGGCCAGUCUACCAAGUGUCAACGAGCAUUCCGGAGGGGAGUGUGGAUAAUGGUUUGGAUGCCAGCACACUGGAAUACAGGACUGUCAGUGUUCAGGCGCGGAAGCCUGUGCCGUACAAGCACAGGUCGGAGAGACUGAAGCCUCGCCGCACAGCGCCACCAGAACUGUUGGCCACCGGGUCGCCAUCCGAAGGGAGCGAUGAGGAGGUGCAGAACUUCUUCCCUUCACUGAGCAGAAGAAAACGCAAGCCGAGAAUGAGUGACUCUGACCUGGACAAGCCGUCUGCAGAUCAGGAGGAUCGCAAGAAAAAGAAGAGUCUGCUGAGAAAAUCAAAGUACCGGAAGCCGGAGGUGAAGAAGGAGAGCGUGUACUUUGGAUUGCCUUUGGUCGAGGUGGUGCAGUCGCCUGAUAACCCCAUUCCGUUAUUCGUGGAAAAAUGUGUGCUCUACCUUGAGUCUUGCGGGAUUACAACGGAAGGCCUCUACCGGGUUAGUGGCAAUAAAACAGAGCAAGACAGCCUGCAGAAGCAGUUUGAGUGUGAUCACGGCAUCAGCUACGAGGCGAUGGAUGUGAAUGUGAACACUGUGGCUGGGUCCCUCAAGAUCUUCUUUGCUGAGCUGCCAGACCCUCUGCUGCCGUAUGAUAUCCAUCAGGAUCUCAUGGAGGCCAUCAAUAUUCCAGACAAGACAGGAAGACUGCUUGCCCUACGAGGAAAACUAAAGAAACUGCCACACGUCAACCACGAAGUCUUCAAAUACAUCAUCACUCACCUGCACAAGGUGAGCCAGUACAGCUCCGAAAACUACAUGACCAGCGAGAAUCUGUCGAUCUGCUUUUGGCCCACGCUCAUGCGGCCAGACUUCCAAACGGUGGAUGCCCUCACGGCCACCAGAGUCAACAAGCUUAUCAUCGAGACGUUCAUCCACCAGUGCCCCUUCUUUUUCUACAACCAGGACGAAGUGGUGGAUGGGCCCAUGUCUUCUCCCGGCUCGCCGGCCGUCGUAGCCUCGGCCCAUCCCGCGGGAAGCACCGAAUCGCACUCCGAGCCUCCAGACGAAUGAGCCGGUGGCGUUAACGUGUGUAGCAGGGUCGUUCCCCAUCCCCCCCCCCCCCCCCCCCCUUUUAGCCAGGGAGAGAGGCGGCACGCCAGCUCGGUCCCCACACGACGCUGCAACUCUCCUCCUCCUCUCUGUCUGCUGCUUCCCUAGUUGCUUAAAGGCCUUGUGAAGUGAGGCGGCCAGUUUUGUUUGCUUUGAUCUUGUCUUGGCGUUAUCACAUUGCCUCCUCGAAAAGGUGUGGCCACUAGCUUCGUUGCUGUGUCGGGCGCGAGCUGCGCUGUGCAGGCCGUUGCCAAUGAGGUUGCAUGAAAAACACCGAGGUGCCCGGUCUUGCACAGUGCCGCAACUGAAGUUGUAGAUAAGAGUAACACAGGCUUACAAUAGCUGCUGUAUAUUAAACUACAGUAUAAUCCAGGAACAGCAAAAUGAUGUCCGUUCUCACAAUAUCGUAUGAUGUAGACAUAUUCCCUUAAGAUACAAGUUUAAAUUGAAUUGCCAUUAAGUGCAUAGGAUAAUGCUGUUUUGUGUGCGUGUUGACUGAUUUAAGUAUUUUCAAUAUGUUUACCAAGGUCCUGGAUAGAUUUGUUGUCGUCUUGGAAGAACUUUAGGAAGCGUGGACUGUGUGUUUUCAAGGGUUGUUGUAAGUCUGGCGGUAUGUGCGUUUCCUUUAAAAAGAAAACAGCAGGGUGGGCCAUGAUGACUGCCCGUUUCGCUUGUUCUGCUGCCUUUAACAUCUUAACCUGGUACAUGUAUAUGCUGUCAGGUGAAUAAGAAACUUUGCACUGCUUCGCAGAAAUUGUGGCUAUGUAGGUUCCUUAUUUUGUUUUUCUAAAGAAUAUUCUUCGGAAGUUGUCAGUGCUGCAUGUUUUUGAUGAACGGUUUGAAAAAGAAUCAUGUCGGCAUCUGUUUGCAAAGUGAUUUAACAUCGAAAAAAUAUGAUCAGUAUUGUAUUUCAAGCAGACUUGAAGAGAACAAACAUUGGAAAUAGUCAAAUGUGGGUAAUUAUGACACGUGGUUGAUGUUAAACCAGUAAGCCUUGUAAACUUAAAAGUGUUAAAGCAGCACAAAAACGAAUUGGUUGUCCUUUGCAGGGGAACGCUGCAUAAAGCAAUCGGGGUUGUAGGCUUCAUUUUGUCUUGAAGGGCACAUUUGAAUAUUGACAAUUUUGUCUAAGACGUUGCAUAUAAUGUUCAUUGCAUGAACGUAUUUGGAAAAAAAGCACUCUUUUUGGAACGCCAUUCCACACUAGCAGCAUUAUAUGCUAAUUGUAUUAAAGUUACAUUUUGUACACUAACAGUGCGAUUUGGAAAUAUGGUAAUAUUAAACUAAUUCUCUCCCCCCUUUAAAAGUACUUGCAAACAUUUGUAAAUAUAAGUUGAACAAAACUGGACUAAUCUUGACCAAACUCCAGCUUGCGUUUUCUUAAUCUCAUGCAUUGAUAACACGUGUCGGGUGCCAUUUUUUAAAAAUUAAAUUUCACUCGAAGUUAGUUAAUUUUGCGUACGUUUUUUUAACAUUGCAAAGCGUCUUUGUGUUUUAGUGAACAAACGGUCACGUUACAUUUCAGAAGGCUUCUCCACAAAGUAGGAAGUAUGCAGCAAGUGUGUGGGAAGUCAACUUUGUAAAAGCCCGCGCCGCUACCUCUUGGAAUCGGAAGGAAGGGCCAGCCACGGUGAAGAGUGCGGCCUUCUAGAAGCCGAGGACGUGGAGCCUGCCCUCACUCUUCCAUGGAAGUUUGCACGUUGAUAAAAAGGCUAAUGCAUAGUUGAAACUUAUUUUUGAAGUAGCACUUUGUUGUUUCAGUUGUGGCAGUCGACAACUUUGAACGCAUGUAACCCUAAAGAAAAUGUCAAGCACAUCAUGAAGUACUCGCACAUAUCAGUAAAGUAAAGCGUACAAAGCAAAAAAAUAUUACUCCACAUUACACUGAUAGUUGUGCUAGUAGGCCCUCACUAAAAGUGUGCAUGCCUUAACAGUAAAAACAAAUAACUAAUAAGCGUAAUUUAUGGUUCAAAAAUACUGUUUAAACUCUGCGCCAGUUUAUGUAACCUUGGACUGACCAUUAGAUUCAUGGCUACUCUUCAUUCAAGUGGACUGUGGUAAAAGGUCUUAAGACAAUAACCUCGGAAUAUGUAAUGCUGCUUUACAGCCGUGUCUUUCAAUGAAGGUAACGCCUCUUGAUUAACCGUGAUUCCAAGAGGAUGGUAAUGAUUUGUGUUUUAUUUCCAAGGUUGCAUUUUUGGCACGAACAGAGUCCAUACAGGCAAAUGCUAUUUAUUCCACACCCAACUUUCACUGCCAGGUUUUAUUCUGUUGGUGAUAAAAGGGGAAAUGUUUGUCCCCAAAUGAUUAUUUUCCAUACAUGCGUGGUUUAAUUACUAAUUUUAUACUGCCAUUAUGAUACACGAGUGGUUUGAGAAAUCCGUGUAUGGGUUUCAUGUGGACUUAAAACCCGAGAUUCGAUAAAUUGGCCACGAUGAAUCCAACUCUGCUGCUCGAGUACACAGUACACGUGUGAUUUGCGCUGCAUGCCACAUUAGUCCUUCACGGUGCAAGCCAAGUUACUGCUACAAAAGUGUGCAUUUGGUACCAGAGUUCCGAAACAAACAACAUCAUUUUUACCAGUAUUAAAUAAUGCAGCGUAAUUUAUUGCAUUUAAUCCUAUAGGAAUGUGUACAUAUUGUACAAAAAAAUCUCUGGAGCAUGUUCAAAAAUGCUUUUGUAUUCGGUGUACAUUUCUUGAAAUCAAUGGCUACAAAAUGUCUUAAGUACCCUUUUGUCAGAUGUAGUCUUGCUUAUUUGCACAAUAAUUUGUUGUUUAGUUUGACUUAGUGAUGCUUAUUAGUGCCUGUAAAACCUAACCCUUAAUUUAUAGGAAGAGUUUUCCUGUGGCCAAAAUGAAAUAUUGUUGACUUGAGACGAUAGUGAGCAGUAGACUUGGGACAUGCCUUGUUUUGGAUGCUGUAUUUUGUACACUGUUUACAGAAAUCUUUUUGAAGCGUCAUGUUCGAUUUUUUUGUACAACCUUGGUCCAUGCACAAUUCUACGUUUUCUCUUUCUCUCGCUCCACAUUGUAACUGAAGUGUGUCGUACUCGUGUCGUUGAAAUACACUCCUGCGAAACGUGUCCCACUCCUAUUUAUUUGCCUGCAUGGACUCAUUCUGAACUGUCGCAACCAAGGUGGGAAAUCUGCCAAUCUGCCAAUCGCUGCAACAUGUCCAAGGCAUGGCUGGCGUGGGAAAGGAUUGAUCCGCUUGCCUCGACGCAACUGCUCUCUACCCUGUGUUCAUGUCACCUAUUCUAACCACUACACCUAUUCUGUGUAGAAAUUGAGAACUUGUUAAUUGUUGAAUUUCGCAAUGUAUAAUAUUAAAUGAAUAAAUUUUACUGUCUUGGA